AUGGUUUUAAACGGAGUUACGAUCGAAAUAAAUUCUCAAACGAAAUGCGAAUGUUUAAAAGAGAAAGUUUUAAUUUUCUUAAAUGAUACUUUAAUUCGUAAAAUAUCUAUUUCAAAAUUGAUUAUAAAUCAAUUAAAAAGCGGUGAAUUUUCAAAUACAUUCAGCGACGACUUCGUAAGAAUUUGUUAUAAACUAAUUGAAAACACAUCAAUUGAGGAUAACUUUGAUUUUAACCAAAUUAAUAUUGAUUCUGUUUGUAAUCUCGAACAGAGUAGAAUAAAAUUGAAAGACGAUCUUUUUAAGUGUUUAAACAAGCUAAAUAAUACCAAUUUGUGUGUUGAGGAUAUCUCAGAAACGUGGAAAAUAAUUUUGACGGGGCUUAAUUUAAAAUUAGAACCGAUUAAUUGCGUUAAUAAAAAUUGCGUUUUAAAGAAAACUUUAAAAUUUAUUCAUCAAUUAUGUGAGAUUGCUUUAAAAUUGAGAUAUGAGUCGGUAAUAUUUUUUAAUGUUAAGAAAGUGGCUAAAAUUAAUAUUGAAUUUUUUAAUAAUCAAUUUUUUUUGAAUGUUAUUUCGUUUAUAAAUCAACAUAUUAAAAAUUGCGUCGUUCAAUUACCAGUUAAAGAAUUUAUCGGUAUUGUCACCUUGUUUCCUGCGAUUGCUUCCAAUGAAAAUGUUCACAUUUACUUUCAUAUUAUCGCUUAUCAGUACUUAACUUUGUUUUAUAAAACAAGUAAUGAUUUACCCUAUAAUUUCUCUGGAAAUAUUGACAAAUCUCAAGGAAAUAUCAACUUGAAAUUACUUUAUAAUAAUUUGGCUUAUUAUCAAGAAACUAAAGAUGAAACCGUUUCUAACUUAAUUAAUUUCAUUCGGAUUUUAUCCAGUGAUUUAAUAAAUGAUUUGGAUGAUAUAUCAAAACAUAAUGUACAAGUAAAUUGUUUGAAGAUUAUUACUGAAAUUUAUACAAAAGGAAGUUUAAUUCAACAAUCAUUGUUAUACAACAACAUAAAUGAUAUAAUUCUAUUCACAAAAUCAUAUCAAUUCAUCCCAAAAAUUUUAACACGAUUAACAACGAUUCCAUCAAAUUCAAGAGAAUUUUUAUCCUCAUUAAUAUGUUUUUGUUAUGGAAAAGUGAUCAAAAUUACGUCCAUAAAGGAAAACGAAUCUUUUAUUACAACGCAGUACAUUUGUCUUGAUUGCAAUGACAACAAUUAUAAACAAGAUGAUAAUAAUUAUAAUAACUCAAAAGUAAUGGAAGAUAUUAAAAAAUCAAAAUAUAAAAAUGAAUCAUUUUUAAUUUCGUUCGAUAACAAACUCAAAAUCGAAACAAAUGUUAAUCAAGAAAUCGUACAAGUCUUAAUGAAAAAAAUCAGUUUAAAAUCGAACGAUUUAAAAUUAUCGUUUUUGGUAUCGUUACCUUCAUUACAUCGACAUUUACAAGAAUUUAAUGAAAAAAAAUAUGUUGAAAUAUGGAUUGAAAAUGUUAAAUACAAAGACGAUUUGAUUUUAAAAAUAUAUCCUUUGAGUGUUUAUGGAGCUUUAAAAGCUAUACAAGAAAGCAAAUUAACUCCGAAAGAAACAAAAUCAGAAAUAAUCACUUUUGUUAUCGAUGAAUUAUAUAAAUAUAUGUUGGCUUCAAUGCCCAACGAUAAAAAUUAUAUGCAAAAUCCGAUUUUAACAACCAUCUAUAAAUUAAUCGACUUAAAAAUAAAACCAAUCACUUCAAAGAUGAUAAAAAUUCUUCUAUAUUACAUAGCAAUCCCGCUUUCGUGUUAUCCAGAGAUAGCACAAUGUUAUUUCCUCGAUUUGGCUGAAAGUCAACAAACGAAACCUCGCUUAUUAUACGGGAAAUUUCGCAGAGAAAUUUGUGAAAUGAUCGCUGAUUUAUGUGCGAUUAAUCAACAAUUGGCGAUUUACACAAUUAUGGAAUCCUUAGAGAAUGUUCCGAUGGUUUUAGGAUAUUCGAGUACUAAAGAUUUUUUAAGAACGGAAAGUACUUAUUUAAUUCCCUUUUUUGUUUCAUUAAUUGUUUUAAUGCCUGGCGUUAAAACUUUAAUACACGAAAUUUCAACGUUAAUUAAUACGGAUUUAAAUGAAUUGUUGGCGAAUAAUUACGGAGGGAUCUUUUUGCAAAUCUUUUUAAAUAAAGACGAAGAUACUUUUAAACAAUGUAUGCGUUAUGUUGAACAAACAACGAGAUUAAGUGGACCUAUUUUAAGAAAAAGAAAUUUUAGGACCAUCUUAAAUGAACUCCUACUAAAUUUUUACGAUAAAAAAGAACGCGUACUCCACGCAUUACUUUUAUUAAUGAAAGAAGACACGGAUGGUCAAAAAUUAACAAUUUCCCAAAUUCCAGAUUAUCUUCAACCCAGAUUCUUGGGUGUUCUUCAAUAUUUCGACACCAAAUUGUUUAGCAAUAAACAAGUCCUAUUAAGUUUACCAAAAAUUUUUGAAUUAAUGGGUCCAAAACGUAUCGUACCAUUUAGAUUAAAAAUUAUUGCCAUGUUACGUACGGCUUUAAGCUUAAAUUACGGUGAUUAUCCCGCGUUAAGUUGUAACGUUUGGGAUAGUUUUAUAAGAAGUUGCGAAGUAGAAUCGUUGGGUACUCAAUUAGCAACAAUUUUCGUUUCGUUAAUCCCAUUAAAUGAUACUUAUCCAAAAAUAAAUGAGAUAUUUCGAUAUUUAAUUAUUGAAAAUGAAGAGUUAUUAAAAGGGUAUAUUUCCGAUUUAUUUUUUGCAUUGGAUUAUGAUAUCGACGAAGAAAUAAAAUUUGUUAUUAAAAAAUAUUCCAAGAUAUUAGAAAGUAAUGAUUUUGAAGAUCAAAUGAAGGUUUUUAUGAAAUAUUUAACUCACGAAACUGAUGAAGUCAAAGUACACGCUUUGAAGUAUUUAAAAAAAAUCAUCGAAGAAAAUCGGCAAAAAUUGGAUAACAUGAUUUUGGGCUAUAACGGAAUCAAACCGCAUAUUGUCGAAUUACUUGACGCUUUAAUGUCUCUAAGUCGUGAAAAAGAAGUUUCAGUUAAAUUAGCUUGUAGUGAGUGUAUCGGCGAACUUGGAGCUAUCGAACCCAGUCAUUUACCCAGAAAAUAUACCCAAGCCGAAUCGUUUAUAUUUUACAUAACCGAAGAUGCGUUUAUUUUUAAUUCAUUAAACGAAUUAAUAAGAACUUUGCAAUCCGAAAAAAAUACAACCGUUAUGGAUAGGUUCGCUUUAGCGAUACAAGAGAUUUUAAAAAUAUGCGAAAUAUCACCAAAUCCGUCUAGUUCGAAACAUUCAUUGUGGAACAAAUUUCCAGCAUCCCAUCAAGAAUUAAUCGCCCCAUUUUUAUCUUCAAAAUAUACAAUGGGACAAAUGUCAGACCCCGUUAAUGUAUCUCCGAUUUAUGGAUCAAAAUUAGGGGCAAAUCUUCAAUCAUGGAUAUUUAAUUGGAGUGUCAGUAUGAUAAUGACAAUAAAUCCCGAUAAACGACCACUUUUACAAGUUUGCCUACCCAGCAUAAAGCAGGACGAAAAAUUACAAAUGCAUUUUUUACCCCAUAUUUUACUUCAUUCUUUAUUAGACGGCAAGCAAAAGAUAAGAAAAAAAUGGCACGAAGAAUUUUUUGCCGUCAUCAACUCCAUGAACGAACACAAACGCAUCUCGGACGAUUUAUCCAAUCUCCGACCAUUAAGAAUGUCCAUCGAGUCCAUCUCAAAAUCUUCAACGGCCGUUUCGCAAAAAAUCAAUCAAAAUCGAUGUAUCAAAGUGAUAUUUGUACUAUUAGACUUUUUAGAUCGAUGGAUUAGGGAGUUUGAGUGGCAAAAUGGCGCUUCUAGUAGAAAUGAUGAGAAUUAUCAAUGUAUUAAGUCUUGGAUAUCGGGUUUUUGUAAAUUGGAAUUAGCCCGUUGUAGUUUUCAAACUGGGGAGUAUUCGAGAGCUUUAAUUUAUUUGGAGGAUUAUAUAUCGAAAAAUCAAGACAAAUUUCAACACCACUACUCGUUUUUGUCGUAUAUUUACGCGCAAUUAAACGAACCGGACGCUGUUAAUGGAGUCGCCGCUUUAAGACAUACCGAGCCGAGUUUGGAGGAAAGAAUCUUAGAUUUAGAAGUCUCUGGGAAACUUUCCGACGCGGCUGCUUGUUAUGAAAGAAUUCCUUUUCCCUAUAAAUUUUAUCAAUUAAAGUUUAUUUAUAUUUUUAGUUGGAGUGUCAGUAUGAUAAUGACAAUAAAUCCCGAUAAACGACCACUUUUACAAGUUUGCCUACCCAGCAUAAAGCAGGACGAAAAAUUACAAAUGCAUUUUUUACCCCAUAUUUUACUUCAUUCUUUAUUAGACGGCAAGCAAAAGAUAAGAAAAAAAUGGCACGAAGAAUUUUUUGCCGUCAUCAACUCCAUGAACGAACACAAACGCAUCUCGGACGAUUUAUCCAAUCUCCGACCAUUAAGAAUGUCCAUCGAGUCCAUCUCAAAAUCUUCAACGGUCGUUUCGCAAAAAAUCAAUCAAAAUCGAUGUAUCAAAGUGAUAUUUGUACUAUUAGACUUUUUAGAUCGAUGGAUUAGGGAGUUUGAGUGGCAAAAUGGCGCUUCUAGUAGAAAUGAUGAGAAUUAUCAAUGUAUUAAGUCUUGGAUAUCGGGUUUUUGUAAAUUGGAAUUAGCCCGUUGUAGUUUUCAAACUGGGGAGUAUUCGAGAGCUUUAAUUUAUUUGGAGGAUUAUAUAUCGAAAAAUCAAGACAAGUUUCAACAUCAUUACUCGUUUUUGUCGUAUAUUUACGCGCAAUUAAACGAACCGGACGCUGUUAAUGGAGUCGCCGCUUUAAGACAUACCGAACCGACUUUGGAGGAAAGAAUCUUAGAUUUAGAAGUUUCUGGGAAACUUUCCGACGCGGCUGCUUGUUAUGAAAGAAUUCCUUUUCCCUAUAAAUUUUAUCAAUUAAAGGGUUUAACUCAAUGUUAUCUUCGCUUAGAUAACGUAACAACCGCUUUGAACUUCGUUAAAGGCGCAAUGGAAUCUCAACCGGAAUAUUCAUACAAAUUUCUCGAAUUACAAGCCGAGCCGUUAUGGCGAUUAAAUCGGUGGGAUGAUUUAGAUGAGUUAGUUAAAAAGCCCGAAUUAGAAAUAAACGAAAGUUGGGGUGUUAACAUCGGAAAAGUUUUAUUAAAAAUGUCGAAAAGCGAUCGAGGAGGUUUUAAAGAAAUUUUAAGUAAUCUCCGAUUACACCAAGUUGAUUUAUUAGGGGCAACCAGCUUAGAAGAGGGUGCUUAUCAACAAGGUUACACCUCAAUCGUUAAUCUUCACGCAUUAAACGAAUUAGAAGUGAUGGAAAAAAUGAUUUAUUCGCUUUUAGUGAAACCAAACGAUCAUCAAUUCGUUGAAAGAAUUAUUUCGAAAACAUCAACAGAUUUAGAAUUGCGAUUAAAAGUGGUUCAAGAAUCGAUUAAAAUCAUUGAACCAAUUUUGUGUUUAAGAAGGGUGGCUUUAAAUCAAGCCAAAGAAUUAAUUAAAGAGAAAAUCCCUAAAGCGUCGAUGCUAAUUGAUGGGAUUCUUGGGGAAAGUUGGUUAAGAAGUGCGCGAGUUGCGCGAAAUGCGGGAAUUUAUCAACAAGCUUAUACCUAUUUGUUAAAAGCGGAAGAAUUCGCCCCCGAAAGAUUAUUUAUCGAAAAAGCCGAGUUGUAUUGGUUAAAAAAAGAACACGAACACGCUUUGAAUACUUUAAGAAGAGGAAUUGAUAAAAUGAUGCCUCUAAACGAUGACAAAAACAAACUAAAAAUUUGCGCCGAAGCUAAAUUAUUAAUAGCCGAGUAUAACGAUAAAAUAUCAAACGUCGAUCGCGAAAUAAAUAUAAGCCAUUACAAAGAAGCUUUGGAAUUAAAUAAAGAACGCGAACAAAGCUAUGUGUGUUUAGCUCAAUAUUACGACAAAAUUUAUCACUCAUUUAGCGAUGAAGUUAAAGAUGAUCGCGCAAGCGAUAUUCAAAUCCACAUGAUUAAUUGUUACAGCAAAUCAAUGCUAUACGGAACUAACUUUAUACACCAAUCAAUGUCUCGGAUGCUUAGUAUUUGGUUCGAUUACGGAACGAGACUUUUCGAUCUAAAAACUAUUGAUUUGCGCGAAGAUCGUAAACAAAACCUUUUAAGAAUGACCAAAUUAAUCGAUACGGCAUUAGAACGUUUACCAUCUUAUAUGUUCUUAACGGCUUUUUCGCAAUUAAUUUCAAGGAUUUGUCACCCACAAAGAGAAGUUUACAUCGAAUUAAAAAGCAUCAUAAUUAAAUUAAUAUUGCAAUAUCCCCAACAAACCCUUUGGAUGAUGAUGCCAAGUAUUAAAUCGAGCGAUGCGGCUCGAUCUAAACGUUGCGCGGAAAUUUUGGGGGAUUCCCGCUUGUCGAAUGCGAGCAUUAAAAAAUUAAUAACCGAUUUUACCAAGUUAGCGGAAAAAUUAAUCGAAUUAUGUAACAAAGAAAUCGCGGAAAAUGCAAAAACCGCGAGUAUUAAUGUGUUGUUAAGAUCGUUACCUAGAUUAUUAGCCCGCGAAGAUUUUAGUGAAAUCAUGAUCCCAACGCAAAAAUUUCGAAAACUCGUUUUACCCAAUCCCGAUUUAAAUAGCCACCGACAUAAUCCAUUUCCGAAUUAUUACGCCCACAUAGUCGGUAUCGAAGAUGAGAUUGUAAUCUUAAACAGUAUGCAGCGGCCGAGAAAAAUCGUUUUUCGCGGAUCCGAUGGAAAAAGAUACGUUCAAAUGUUAAAACCGAAAGAUGAUUUACGAAAAGAUUUUCGUUUCAUGGAAUUUAAUGACAUCGUUAAUCAAUUAUUAUCGAGAGAUCCCGAAUCGCGACACAGAAGACUUAAUAUAAGACUUUAUUCGGUUUCUCCGCUAAAUGAGGAAUGCGGUUUGAUCGAGUGGAUUCAUGAUUUAGUUGGGUUAAGAGUGGUUUUGUGUGCUAUUUAUAAGCAAAAAGGAACUUAUAUGACGGGGUAUGAAUUAAAAAAAACUUGUUGUAAAAUCUCGGAUCCUUUAGCUAAAAAAAGAGAGGUUUUUUUAAAUAAAUUACUUCCAAAUCAUCCACCAGUUUUAGGAGAAUGGUUUCGAAAAACUUUUCCUGAUGUACAAAAUUGGUUAACUUCUAGAACAGCCUAUAUAAGAACAACAUCUGUCAUGUCAAUGAUUGGUUAUGUUUUGGGUUUGGGUGAUCGCCACGGCGAAAACGUCCUCUUAGAUUCAUCUUGUGGGGACGUCGUCCACGUUGAUUUUAAUUGUCUUUUUAAUAAAGGCGAAACUUUAGAAUGGCCGGAAAGAGUUCCUUUUCGAUUAACACACAACAUGGUAUCCGCGAUGGGUCCUUUAGGAAUCGAAGGAAUUUUUAGGAAAUCUUGUGAGUGCACCUUAAAGGUAUUACGCGAAAAUAAAGAGACUUUAAUGUCGAUUGUAACUCCGUUUGUUUAUGAUCCGUCGGUUUCUUGGUCUUCGAGGAACGUUCCUUUGGCUGGAACUUCAGAACAAACUAAUAAAGAGGCUGUGCGUAGUGUAAAAAAUAUAGAAUUAAGAUUAGAAGGAAUCGUUCGUGGGAGAGGAAACACAAUGUCGAUUCCUUUAUCAGUUGAAGGCCAAUCGAAUACUAUUAUUCAAGAAGCGAUGAAUGUGGACAACCUUUGUCAAAUGUAUAUAGGAUGGGGAGCUUAUCUUAAUUGGUUAACUUCUAGAACAGCUUAUAUAAGAACAACAUCUGUCAUGUCAAUGAUUGGUUAUGUUUUGGGUUUGGGUGAUCGCCACGGAGAAAACGUCCUGUUAGAUUCAUCUUGUGGAGACGUCGUCCACGUUGAUUUUAAUUGUCUUUUUAAUAAAGGCGAAACUUUAGAAUGGCCGGAAAGAGUUCCUUUUCGAUUAACACACAACAUGGUAUCCGCGAUGGGUCCUUUAGGAAUCGAAGGAAUUUUUAGGAAAUCUUGUGAGUGCACCUUAAAGGUAUUACGCGAAAAUAAAGAGACUUUAAUGUCGAUUGUAACUCCGUUCGUUUAUGAUCCGUCGGUUUCUUGGUCUUCGAGGAACGUUCCUUUGGCUGGAACUUCAGAACAAACUAAUAAAGAGGCUGUGCGUAGUGUAAAAAAUAUAGAAUUAAGAUUAGAAGGAAUCGUUCGUGGGAGAGGAAACACAAUGUCGAUUCCUUUAUCAGUUGAAGGCCAAUCGAAUACUAUUAUUCAAGAAGCGAUGAAUGUGGACAACCUUUGUCAAAUGUAUAUAGGAUGGGGAGCUUAUCUUUAAGGAUUAAUGUAUUGUAAACAUUUUUUUUUUGAUGUUUUUGAAUUAACAUUUUUCAUGGAUUUUUAUAAUAUAAACUGUUUAACA